UUUUUUUUUAUUAAGUUAUGAAGGAAAUAUGUAAACAACAAGAAUUAGUUAUUCCAGACAAUGUCAAGGUUGAUAUUAAGGCACGGGUUGUCAGGGUAACGGGUCCACGUGGAUUCUUAAAACAAAACUUUCAACAUAUUAAUAUUGAUAUUCGAAAAAUACAAGCAAAUCGUAUACGACUUAUUAUAUGGCAUGGAGGGAAGAAACAUGUUGCAUGUCUUCGUACAAUACGAAGUCUUAUUAAUAAUAUGAUUAUUGGUGUUACACAAGGGUAUCGAUAUAAAAUGAGAUUUGUAUAUGCUCACUUUCCAAUUAAUGUAAGUAUUGGAGAAGAAGGAAAAUUGAUAGAAAUUCGAAAUUUUCUUGGUGAAAAGGUAGUACGCCGAGUAAAUAUGUUGGAAGGGGUUAAAGUGGAGCUUUCUAAGAGUCAAAAGGAUGAAAUUAUUCUUGAGGGUAUUUGUCUUGAAAAUGUUUCACAAUCGGCAGCUUCUAUUCAACAAAUUUGUAAUGUUCGGAAUAAAGAUAUUCGGAAAUUCUUGGAUGGGAUUUAUGUUUCUGCUCGUGAAACAAUUGAACAAAAUUAA